UGCAGGGCCCGGAGGGUUGUCAGGGCAGAGGGACGCCCCGCGGCAGGUCCCCCCGCAUCCCUCUCCCCCCCCCCCAACCCCGGCCGGCUCGGCACCGGAGGAGCGGCUGGGCCCCGGGCGGCGGGGGGGGCUGUGCCGGGCCCGGGAAGGGGGCUGUGCCGGGCCCGGGAAGGGGGCUUUAGCCUGGCGUUAGGUGCCGGGCGGAGGUGGGAGCCUCGUCAUCUCGGCGGGUGGGGUGUCCCGAGCGCUUCCCGGCAUCCUUGGGCACGGCCGGGCCUGCUUGUCCGGGAGCUGCCGGGCUGCGAGGCUCAGGAGCGGCGGGGACGGGGCUGAGCCCGGGUGUGUGUGCGGGACGGAGCUGCUCCCUGCAAAAAAACCAUCAACAAACAACCUCGGGAAAUGAGGUGGGGUGUGGAGGUUCCCUGGCACACCCAGGGCGGCGCUCCCCUGUGUCCUGUCAGGCCGGGGGCAGAGAAGGAGCCCGUGGAAACUUGUUUGGAAAGAACGUCCUGGCUUGAAUCAGGACAGAGAAGGGGCCGCUUCACUUCUGCCUGUCGCCCUUAAGCCUACCUGUCCCGGCGCGACAUGGCGCGGCGCCCGCGCGGCAGCAGGGCCUGGCACUUGGUGCUGAGCGGGGGGCGGCGCGAGGGAGACCCCCGGGCACUCCCCCUGCCACCCCCCCAGGCCCCCGGUGCCCGAGGCUGGGGGUACGACUCUGAUGGGCAGCACAGUGACUCAGACUCAGAGCUGGAGUUCUCCUCCCUCUCACCCUCCAUCCCCAGCGCCAUCCCCGUCACCGGAGAGUCCUACUGCAACUGUGAGAGCCAGAGUGAAGCUCCCUACUGCUCCAGCCUGCAUGGCCUGCACCACCUCCAGGACUGCCAGUGUGGGGAGGAGGAUGAGUACUUUGACUGGGUGUGGGAUGACCUGAACAAGUCCACGGCCACGUUGCUGAGCUGCGACAACCGCAAGGUGAACUUCCACAGCGAGUACAGCUGCGGCACCGCCGCCAUCCGCGGGAACAAGGAGCUGGCCGAGGGGCAGCACUUCUGGGAGAUCAAGAUGACAUCCCCAGUCUAUGGCACAGACAUGAUGGUGGGAAUUGGGACGUCGGAUGUGAACCUGGACAAGUACCGCCACACCUUCUGCAGCCUGCUGGGCAGGGAUGAGGACAGCUGGGGACUCUCCUACACAGGGCUACUGCAUCACAAGGGAGACAAAACCAGCUUCUCCUCGAGGUUUGGCCAAGGCUCCAUCAUUGGGGUGCACCUGGACACGUGGCACGGGACACUCACCUUCUUCAAGAACCGCAAGUGCAUCGGGGUUGCAGCCACCAAGCUGCAGAACAAGAAGUUCUACCCCAUGGUGUGCUCGACAGCAGCCAAGAGCAGCAUGAAGGUGAUUCGCUCCUGCGCCAGCUGCACCUCCCUGCAGUUCCUCUGCUGCUACCGCCUGCGCCAGCUCCUGCCCGGCUACGUGGACACUCUGGAGGUGCUGCCACUGCCACCAGGACUCAAGCAGGUGCUGCACAACAAACUGGGCUGGGUGUGGAGCAUGAACUAUAGCACCUCGAAGCCUUCCUCCUCUUCUUCCUCGGGAAGCGACUCCGACAGCUCCUGCGGCUCGGAGGCAGAGGGCUGCCAAAGGAAGAGGUGCAGGAGGACAUAAUGUCCCUGCAGAGCAGCUGCUGUGAGGGACUGGGGGGGUUUGUUCCACCUUCUGCCAGGGCUGAAGCAGCUCCUUCUGCACGAGGACGUCCAUUGCUCUCUGUUUGCAAAGGUUUCUCUUGACACUGCUGGAAAUCUUUAGCCCAAACAUCCAUCACGGGCACGGAGAGGCCUGUUGACUCCAAGAGGUCCCAGCUCUGUGAAAAAGGUAAAGUGCAGCCAAAUACCUGAGCUUCAUCUGCUGACUGGCUGCCAAAGCCAUCACCUCUUCCUGAAGGAUCCCUCUUCUCUGCAGACUCUGGGCACAGACACCACUUGAGGUGCCCUCCCGGUUUCAAAGCACCCCAGACCUCUAGUCAAACAAGGGAGGUGACCCAUCACAAGAGAAAAGCAAAGCCCAGCCCCCUCCUCCUCCCUGCUGGCUGGUGGUUGGUGUCUGCCAGGAUCUGCUCACCCUGAGGGGCACGACUGAGCAGCAGCAUGAAGGGAAAUGGGCUCCUGGAGAUGCAUCUGCCAUGGGUGUGACAGAGCAGUUGUAGGAGCUGAGCUGAUGGGAUCUUCCUCAAGCCCCCGUGACUUGAAUGGCUUUGCAUGUUGGCUCCUGCUGCUUCUCCUCUACCAGGACUGUAUAAAACUGUCACAAUAAAAGUAGAAACUGGUUUUGUUCCUCCUGUGGCCCCUGAAGGCAGGAAUCUGCAGAGCUGCCAGCCUGGAGGAUGGUUGAAAUGCAGCCCUGGCUUGUCCAGGCUCCAGGAGGUGCAGGCAGUGGAGAUGACCUGGCCCCUGCCCCGGGGUGGGAUCCUGCUCUUCCCUCUGAUCCCAACAUCUGGCUGGGAUGGAUCCUCAGCAGAGGCAGGGAGGGAAGGGGGGCUGCAGGGGUUUGUAACACCUGUCCUCUGGCAGGUAACACUGGCAAUUUGCCUCUUGGGGCUCAGUUUUCAACCUUCUCUUUCCCUUGGUGAUUUCAACCCCUGAAUAGGUAACACUGCCUUGUGAUGUGAGCCUUUCUUGGGACACUCCAUAUCCUGCAUUGCCCAAGAAAUCCAGCAGAUCUGUCCAGAGGGCUGUAGAGUGGUCCAGUCCCUCAGCUGCUAGAAGAGUAUCAUCUACAUGCUGUAGUAUCAUCCUACAAUCCUAGAAUGCCAGGUUGGAAGGGACCCCAAGGAUCAUCUGGUCCAACCUUUCUAGGAAAUACUCUAGUUGAUAUGGUGUGGCCCAGCAUCUGUUGAGCUGAGUCUUGAAACUGUCUGAUGUGUGGAAAUCCACCACUUCCCUUGGCAGAUGAUUCCAGUGUCUGACUGUUCUUGUGGUGAACAAGCUUGGCAGAUGUUCCCACUCUGCAGCCCAGGGGACACAGCUGGGGUGUGGUGGCCCUUGUGACACAUCUAAGAGACAAGUGUUGGAAUAAAGUGUAACCUGC